GUUACACUAUGUUACCAUACCAAUAUCACAUACUAGAACAUCAUGACUCUAUCCGGGUCGUUGUGUUGCAUCCAAGCUCUCAUAUUUCGGAUCCACUUGUAUGCACGAUCCGACACGUGCGAUUAUCCGACGCAUCCCUCAAAUACGAAGCAUUGUCUUAUACGUGGGGCGAUGCUACUCAUCAAAAAGCCAUCCACUUCAACGAUGGUAGCAUAGAGUUGCGUAUAGGGACGAACUGUCACAACGCUCUCCAACAUCUACGCCAAAAAGAUCAUGACCGGGUGCUAUGGGUUGAUGCUAUCAGUAUUGAUCAGAAAAACCUCACAGAAAGAGCGAGCCAAGUUCGCAUCAUGGACAAGAUCUUUCGCAGUGCAUCUGGCGUGACGGUGUAUCUUGGUGAAGAGACUGCAGGCAGCCACACAUUGUUCAAGGAACUGGCAGAGGUUGACUUGGCACAAGACGGAUACGGUGGGCCGCCGCCUAAUGAUACCACCAUCCGAGAACUAGAAAUUUUGUUCCAAAGAUCAUGGUUUCAACGAGUCUGGGUUCUCCAAGAAGUAAGCAUGAACGAUUCUGUCACGUUUAUGUGCGGCUCAGCCGGCGCAUCUUCAAAUGCUGUAUAUGUCUGUGUCUUCGGUCACUUCGAUACCCGUUUGACAAAGAACUUUCAGCCCCUCGCGUUAUACCUGGUAUACCGCCCCCCGCAAAGAUUUUCAACUCCACAAUUCAAUUUAUGGCAUCUGGUGUUCGAAAGCAGAAUGUGUUCAGCAACGGACCCAAGAGAUAGAGUCUUUGCUCUGAGGUCGCUGAUCGGCCCUGGGCAGACCGAGAUGGAUUCCUUGAUAAAUUAUCUCAAAAGUGUUGAGGAAAUCUUCAUUGAAGUUGCAAUGUUUCUCUUGCCUGUAAUAGGGCUUCGGAUCCUCACUGCCGUUCGCCACCCACACGAGAAGAUGGACAUGCCCUCGUGGAUUCCAGAUUGGUCCCAGAACCUCCCGCUUUCCGCCGUCUUUUUCUUCGAUGAAUCGUGUGAGCCGGGAUCAAUUCAAUACCUACCGACACGGAAGCCUCUCAAUGAACAUCAAAUCCGCAGGGUUUUAGAUAGAGAGAAUAAUCCCCACUUUGAGCUACCUGUCAAAGGUUGUCGAUACGCAGAGGUAGUUUACAAAAGCGAAAUGUUCUCAUUUGCCAACUCGGACGAUGCUGAAGUACAAAUGAAGAAGUUGUAUAACAGCUUUGAUAGCCUUAGGGUGCUAGCCGAUCUGGAAGAUAUUGAGGACAGUUGUACCAUGUACGAGCAACUUGGGCAAGAGAUUGUAGAUGCUAUGUCCCUUUUUGAUGGUGGUGUUCUCCAGGCGUAUCUAGUUCGAGAGGCACAUAGGUUGUUCAAAACUUAUAGCGAUGUCGAGCUUGUACACCAUUUUUUUAAUUCCCUCCAGCUGUGUAGAGUUAUCCUAAUGGAUAACGGUGAGCUAGCAAUCGUAGGCAGAAGCGUGCAUGAAGGAGACGUGGUCUGCGUGUUUUCGGGGGCUGAUUCGCCAUGUGCUCUACGAUCCAAUGAGAAUGGAACUUGGACACUCGUGAGUGGCGAUUGUUUCAUCUUCACAGAAAGUUUUAAGCCUUAUAUGAGUGCUGGGGAGUUCAUGUGCGACGAUUAUGUUGCGCAUCAUCAAGAUCGACUCGAAGAAUUCAAGUUACGAUAAUAUAAACUUGACGCACUACCCAUCUGGAAGUCCACUAUCUUCCUUAAAGCUCUUUGCACGCACCAUAGUCUUAAAUUAGUCCGUCGUAAUGAACCAGGGUCACCAGUAACAUUAAUACAACACACCAAAUUGAAACAUAUCGAUGUAUCAUUGGCCUCACUCACAGCUAUAUCAUUACAUCCGCCAUACAUCUCACCUCACCCACCCCUUGAGCCUCAUCCCUUCACACAAAUCACACAAACUGAGCUUCUACAGCAACAAAUCCUGAUUCCCAUCAUUUCCACCAGGACUCAUAACCAUGUGCUGUGGCUCAUUCUGAUUAACGACCCAUCCGCCUCCAACA